AUGGCGAUGAUGAUGACUGGCCGUGUGCUGCUGGUGUGUGCCCUCUGCGUGCUGUGGUGCGGUGCCGGCGGUAGAUGUGAAGAUUUGGGAACCUUUUCUUCUGAGCCUGUAGUUGACAAUCCCGUUAAUGCGCCUGGCUCCAAAAAAGGCAGUGAUUUGCCAAAAAGUAAUGACAAUGAAGACCCAAAAACUUUAGGGGAAGGUCAAAAUUGUGAUUCGUUGAAUUUGCCGGAGAACGAGAUCUGCACGAAUGAUUCAACUAAGUCGUCGAAGUGCACUGAGGGCCCAGAAGAUGCACUUGUUUCUCCUUUGGAUCCUGUUGGCCAAGGCGAACAUCAUGAAGUUCAAAACAGCGGGAGUUCUGGCUCUUCAGAAAAGGAUAAGACUCGGAAGGACCAGGACUCACAGGUAAGGUUACAUGAUGGGGAAACAUUAUCGCGAGAACCAGCAACAUUAAAAGAUCCCCAAAUUACGAUGCCAGCAGAACAUUCAUCCUCACCCUCACCAUCAAAGGGAACCCACGAGACAGUGAGCUCAACAGAUAUCUCUGGUGUCGGCGAUGGCACAGUGCAGAGAGAUAAUAUGCAGAAUACGUUAAAUGGUAACGAUGGCAGCGAAAGUCGAGCUUCACAGCUUGACUCCGCCAGUGGUAACACUCAGACCUCUGUUGAUGAGGAAACCUCUUCAAAUGGCGGCGCACCGCAGGUCAGUACUGCUGCCGACACUGACAGUGCAGGAUCCACAACAAAAGCACUCAACACUGCCGACACAAAAAAGGAGAAUUCUGGCGGUGGUGACAGCAGCCUUGCAGCCUCACCAGCUGUAGGGACCAACACUGCCACAACCACCACGUCAGCCACUCAAGAUGCGAGUGAAUACAACAAGGACGGCGUCAAGUUAUCCACCGAAGAAGUGGAGCAGAAUGCUUCCAAAACCAACCCUACAGCAAAUUCAGGCUCAACAGAAACCGCAGCAGCCAACAGUGAAGUGCCCACGGCAGCAAGCAACGCCACAAAUAAAAAAAGCAAUACAGAGACCACAGCAGACAGUGACAGCAGCACCGCGGUCUCUCACACCACCUCCCCUCUUUUGCUUCUUCUUCUUGUUGCGUGUGCGGCUGCUGCUGUGGUGGUGGCCGCGUGA